UACCAAGGCAAUUCAAUUAUCUUGAUCAUACAGGCAACGUUUCUCUUGUUUGGUUUUGACUCGAGGGAGGGGUAGGCUAGGCUUAACUCCGGUACUCUUGAUAUUUAUUCAGUUCUUAUUCCUGUCGCUUUUUGUAGUGAGAUCAGAUUAAUCAUUAAUCAUGUAUAAAUUAUUUCGGACAAUUGCUACGACAGCUGGGCCUGUGCAGUCCCAGUGCUUCUCCCCCAGCCGAAGUCAAGUCUUUAGUCGAUCGCUCUCAUCAUUAUUAGCCAUUUCUCACGAUGUAAUUCAAACUGGUCCCUGGGCAAGUGCAGCAGCCAAAUGCAUACAGCGCAUGAGGUGUAAACUUAGGCCUGGUAGUAGUAUGCAUAACUCGCCAGCUUUUAAUAGCUUGUCAGCAGCUGCAUGUUUUUCUACAUCCUCCAAUGUUUUAGAAUUGAAUCGUCCAUUAACUGGUAAUGAUAUGACAAGGGCUGGUGGCAUUGCCUCAAUGUUCCGUAUACCAAUCCAGAAGACAACUGACGGUCUUGAUGUAUGCUUUGUAGGAAUUCCACUCGAUAUAGGUGUGUCGAAUCGUACCGGAACACGCUUUGGACCUCGGCAAAUUCGUAUGGAGUCCCCAAUGAUACGGUUAUGCAACCCAGACACAGGUGCUGCUCCAUUUGAGUCUCUGCAGGUUGCGGAUGUUGGGGAUGUAAACAUCAACGUCUACAAUUUACAGAAAUCUUGUGUUAUGAUAUGUGAAUACUACAAAACACUGAUAGCCAAUGGCUGCAUACCUUUAACAAUGGGUGGUGACCAUACACUGACAUAUCCUGUAUUACAAGCUAUUGCAGACAAGUAUGGUCCAGUUGGCUUAGUGCACGUCGAUGCUCACAACGACACACAAGACACAAUGUUGGGUGAAAAGAUUGCUCAUGGAACUCCGUUUCGAAGGGCCGUUGAUGAAAAUCUCAUAAACCCAAAGAAGACAAUUCAAAUUGGAUUACGUGGACCAUCGAAUGAUGUCUAUGAACACCAGUGGGCUUUAGAGCAGGGCUUCCGAGUUGUUACGGGCAAAGAUUGUUGGUACAAGUCCCUUGAACCGUUGAUGAUGGAGGUUCGAGAAAUGAUGGGUGACGGACCAGUCUAUCUCACCUUUGAUAUAGAUGCUCUUGAUCCUUCCAUUGCUCCAGGAACUGGUACUCCUGAAAUCGCUGGACUAAAUGUGAUGCAAGCUCUGGAAAUAAUCCGAGGAUUGCAAGGGCUAAAUCUGGUUGGCUGUGAUUUGGUAGAAGUUUCACCGCCCUACGACCCCCUUGGGACGACUGCUCUGCUAGCUGCAAAUUUAAUGUUUGAAAUGCUGUGUAUUCUUCCACGUGUCAAGUACUAUGAAGUUUAGAAAAUUAUGAAAAAUAUAGAAUGCAUAUAUAUAUAUAUAUAUGUGAAUUUAUCAGUACUGUAUCAGUACUUAUCGUACACUUUAAUGUUUUAGCUCCGAUGAGGAUAUCUAGGAGUAACCCUGCAAAUUGUUUGCUUUUUAGCUGAUUGGAUGUGCUUUUUUGCUGAUUGGUUGUGUUUUUUUGCAGAUUGGCUGUGGUUUUUUCAUGGCUGAGUAGGUUUCAGCAAGGACAAUUGCCUUUACCACAUUACUGCCUUCACCAACCGCACCAUAUACAUGUCGUAUGGAUGGUGCGGCUGGUUACGUACCAUCCAUGCGACGGUACCAUGCGAUGGGUCUAAGGAACCAAAGGCUGUGAGUUCAAAUCGCGUAUUGGCACUCGGGCACUCUGUUAUGAGGAGCUCUAGAAACACUCUUAUUGAUUGUUUGAUUGAUUAAUAGAUCUGUUUUGAAUGAUGAACAUCC